AUUAAGUUAGGUAAAGAAGAUUACUGUUUAUUAAGUUCUUCUAAUUACAUUUUUACAUAAAACAUAUUUUUGCUGAGUUGGCUUGCGAGACGCGCCGUCAGUCUGCCGUAACGUGGCGGCGCUGCGCUCGUGUGUGUGCAGCAGGAGUGGCUUCGAACUGUCAUUGUUCAUGUAGUUUUCUGUGAUAAGAUUUUUACUGUGAAAUUAUAGUUUAGCAAAUUAAUUUACAAGUUCACAAUGUCUGCAUCUGGCGAAUUCGGCAACCCAUUACGCAAGUUCAAGCUGGUUUUCCUCGGGGAACAAAGCGUGGGGAAGACUUCACUCAUCACUAGGUUCAUGUAUGAUAGCUUUGAUAACACUUACCAGGCAACAAUUGGUAUUGACUUCUUGUCGAAGACUAUGUACCUGGAAGACCGUACCGUGCGGCUGCAGCUUUGGGACACGGCCGGCCAGGAGCGGUUCCGCUCACUCAUCCCAUCGUACAUCAGAGACUCCACCGUUGCGGUUGUUGUGUAUGACAUUACAAAUGCAAACUCAUUCCACCAGACGUCGAAGUGGAUCGACGACGUGCGCACGGAGCGCGGCUCGGACGUGAUCAUCAUGCUGGUAGGCAACAAGACCGACCUGUCGGACAAGCGGCAGGUGUCCACCGAGGACGGCGACCGCAAGGCCAAGGAGCUCAACGUCAUGUUCAUCGAGACCAGCGCCAAGGCCGGCUACAACGUCAAACAGCUGUUCCGGCGAGUGGCGGCGGCGCUGCCCGGCAUGGACUCGGCCGAGAGCAAGCCUCCCGAAGACACCGUGGACCUGCAGACGCAGGCGCCGCUGGGCGCGGAACAGGAGGGCGGCGAGGGCGGCUGCGUGUGCUGAGCCCGCCCCACGAGGAUCACUCUUCCCAACUAGCAAUAUUCGUUGUCAUAGGUUAUUCGUCCGCGACGACAGCGCACGCGAGAGCCCAGCACGAGUUUGUUUGCGAUACGACGCGGCACGUCAACGCUCCAUACAAAAACGCGUCAGCGAUACCGAGUAUCGAUUAAAACUCGCACUGGGCACUCCGACCACGGUCCGGCGUGCAAUAUUGUAGCUUUCACGCUAACUUGAACCGAUUUUACUUAGUUGAUAAUAAUCCCAGGAUGGCCUUUCGUACACCGCUCAAAGGCUGACUUCUAUUGUGUAUGUUUAGUUUAGAGUAUCAAUAAGAGAUUGGUGUCAAUCGAAUCAAACGCACAUUUAAUGAGAACAACUGUGUGCUCGGAAGGGCGGAAAGGAAAGUGCAGACUGAGGGGUGACCCUAAGUGUGCGUUUUCAGAGAUUCAGGCCUUAGGGCCUUUAGUUAUAACUCGGGGCCUUUACACACGGUAAUUGGUAUAGCGACGGUUUAACUGCUCACCGCGCGGCAAGUGGCAUCGAUCCACUACGAAUUACGAUAACUAUACUAUAACUUUCCGUAAAGUCAGCGUGUGUAAAGUCCUUACUGAGGGCGAAGUACUGGACGAAGCGCAAUUUAUAUAGUAUUAUAGGGUCACACCCAGCAGAUCAUCUGUGGCCAGCGUAGAUUGGACCCAAAAGUCCCUACAUUUGCAACAAAAAAAAAACAAAAAUAAUGUAGGUAACUUUAUAAUGUUCAAAUUCAAAACAUAAAUAAAAUCUCCAUUAGAUCUGCACAAUGUCUGCUUGAUGUGACCUUCAUAGCUUGAAUUUUAUACUUACCUGUUUAAUUGUCGAAUGUAGUUCAUAGCUUGUCGUUGCAGCCUUAUGUAAUAGAAAAGAUUCUUGUAUUAUUAUUAUUGAAACGACGAUAAAUGUGAUCUGCUGUGUUUGAAUUAUAGUGGUACCUAUGCAAAAAUGUUUGUAAUUCCGACAACUUUUUCAUUAAUAAAAUUGAUUUAUAAAUUGUGUGAAGAAGCUUUAUGCUUGAUUCAUUAGAAUAAAAAUGGGUGCCAGCUUUUUGAAGAGGUCAUCAAAUUAUACAUAUACAAUACAGGGUUAUUAAUUGUAAAACACCUGUAACUUUGCAGCAAUAGAUAGCUGAAUAGUGGG